CACAAUCCUCGACCGGUCACCGCCGCUUUUCACAUUUCCACAGUUUUGUGUUUUUAAACUGUUUGAUUUUUACACGUGUUUUGCGUCGUGUCUUCGGAAAGUGAGCUACAUUUGUCACAGUAAGAGGGGAAGAAACAGGUAAAUAGCCACCAUGUUCCUCACCCUCACCCUGCUGCGGAAAGGCAUCCCUGGGAAGCAGUGGAUCGGAAAGUACCGGCGUCCACGACAGAUCACGUGGCAGAUGAAACGCAACACGGUGAAGCGUCUGGAGCUCGAGGCUGAGAACGAAUACUGGAUCAGCAGGCCGUACAUGACUCCGGAGCAGGAGUACGGUCACGCCGCAGAACGCAGAGCUCAGAACUGGCUCAAGAUCAAGGAGGCCAAGUUCGCCAAUUUUCCUGAACACAAGAGCAUGACAGAUCACCUCAGUCAUCUCAAAAUCUCCAAGACGUGGUCGAGUUAAUGUGACCAGUGAACUGACUUGUAAAGACUGUUCUUAUAAUGUGACAAAAUAUAACAUGUUCAUGUGUACAAGAAAGCUCUCAUUUUUCAUUAACAAAAGCAGGACUUUGUAUGUCAGCUGAAAAGCUGCCAUGAAAAGUUGUCAGCGUAGUCCAAUACUGUUUUUAUUCCGUCUGUCUCCAUAAAAUAAAUCUGUAAACAUU